UCUAUAUUGGGCUUUGAUCACAGGGUCAUAAAAUCUGAUGAUUAAAACAAAGCCAAGGAAUUGAAUAGAACACAAUCCUGGCAAAAAGCUUUCUUUCCCCUCUAAUGUCAUAUGGAAGAGGAGUAGCAAGGAUGUAUGGUGCGCGUAGUUUCUCGGAUCAAGUUUGUUGUUAUUCUUUUCUUGUUUUUGAGAAUGUCCAUGCCGCACGACUUUAAUGCUACGGCAGGUUUAGAAGUAUUUGGUACUCCUGUCCUCAAGAAGAACAAGGGAAUUAUUUCUCGUAUGAAGAGAUCACUUUCUUCCAGUGGUCGACCUCCCAGUAUUCCGUUAAAAUUCCCAAGCGAAAGUGAUGGAAGUCAACAAAGUGUGAGUUCAAUAACGAGUCAUUCGUCUAGUCCAACGCCUUCGGGUACUUAUUUCAGGGCUUCACCUACCACGCAUUUAAGCUAUGAAACGUUUUCCUCGUCGUCUACUUCCAGCUUAUCGAUUCAUUCGUUUCCUACGGUACCCCAAAGACCAACAAGUAAUAAAAAAAGAAACCGAUAACAAUGAAUACAAUCUCAAAAGAGAAAUUACAGGCGAAAAGUAUGUUUGAAAGUCGAUUUAUUC